UCUGAUCCGGCCCCACCGAGUUUAAAUCCCAGCCCGGCUCAGCGCUGGGCACUGGACCCGGCUCCCGGCAGAACCAUGGAGUCAGGCAGCAUCUUCCUGCUUCUGGGGCUCCUGGCCCUCUGGGCCGAGCUGCAGGCUGUCGCUGGUCAGGGAGAUAAACGUGACAUUUGCCGACUCCCGCCUGAGAAGGGCCCUUGCAAGGGAAAGAUGCCGCGCUUCUUCUACAACCCGGCCUCCAGGACAUGCGAAAGCUUCAUCUACGGCGGCUGCAAGGGCAACAAGAACAACUUUAAGACGAAGGCAGAGUGUGUGCGUGCCUGCGGGCCUCCUGAGAGACCCGGGGUUUGCCCCAAGAUCACAGGCCCCGGCAUUUGCCUGCAUGGCUGCAACAGCGACUCUGACUGUAAAGAAGGACAGAAGUGCUGCUUUAAUGGCUGUGGCUACACCUGCGUGACGGUGGCUCCAUCAGGGCCUCUCACCAGCCCCAUCAGAUCCUCCAUCCUGCAGGUAAGAAUCGACAUCUCCCUCGUCAAAGUCACCAUCCCCAUCAGAGCCACCAUCCCUCAGGUAAGAAUCAACAUCUCCCUCGUCAAAGUCACCAGCCCCAUCAGAGCCAUCAUCCUGCAGGUAAGAAUCGACAUCUCCCCCGUCAAAGUCACCAGCCCCAUCAGUGUCACCAUCCCUCAGGUAAGAAUCGACAUCUCCCUCGUCAAAGUCACCAGCCCCAUCAGCGCCACCAUCCCGCUGGUAAGAAUCGACAUCUCCCUCGUCAAAGUCACCAGCCCCAUCAGCGCCACCAUCCCGCUGGUAAGAAUCGACAUCUCCCUCGUCAAAGUCACCAGCCCCAUCAGCGCCACCAUCCCUCAGGUAAGAAUCGACAUCUCCCUCGUCAAAGUCACCAGCCCCAUCAGAGCCACCAUCCCGCUGGUAAGAAUCAACAUCUCCCUCAUCAAAGUCACCAACCCCAUCAGUGUCACCAUCCCUCAGGUAAGAAUCGACAUCUCCCUCGUCAAAGUCACCAACCCCAUCAGAGCCAUCAUCCUGCAGGUAAGAAUCGACAUCUCCCUCGUCAAAGUUAUCAUCCACAUAAGAGCGAGUAUCCCUCACAUUAGAAUCACCAUCUCCCCCAUCAAAGUCAUCAGCCAUGGCAAAGUCACCAUCCUGCAGGUCACUGCAGCCACCUCCCCCCCUUCUGAUCCGGCCCUACCGGGUUUAAAUCCCAGCCCGGCUCAGCGCUGGGCACUGGACCCAGCUCCCGGCAGCACCAUGAAGUCAGGCAGCAUCUUCCUCCCCCUGGGGCUCCUGGCCCUCUGGGCCCAGCUGCUCCCUGCGGCUGGGGACCUUUGUAGACUCCCUGCUGACCCCGGGUCCUGUUAUGCCAUGAUCCCUCGCUGGUUCUACAACUGGCAGGCCAAGAAGUGUGAGCAAUUCACCUAUGGAGGUUGUGAUGGGAACAAGAACAACUUUGCGACCCAAACAGAAUGUCUCGGGAAGUGUGGCGGGCACGAUAUCUGCAGCCUCCCCAUUGAAGUGGGCCCCUGUACUGCUGCCAUUCCUCGCUGGGGCUACAACUGGCACUCUAAGAAGUGUGAAGAAUUCUCUUAUGGUGGCUGCAAUGGGAACAAGAACAACUUUGAGACUAAAGUAGAUUGUCUCCAGGCCUGUGCAGGCCAGGGGUCUCCCUAAUUCCCGUCUGCCCGAACCCGGACUCCAGAGGGGACGAGCUGCCUCAGCCACACUGACCAAUUGCCAAGAUCGGAUCAGCCUGAAGACAAAGCCCCGACCCCCAGGGACUCUCCCCAUCCCCGGAGCUGUUGCCAGGGGAACAGGUCGUGGUUUCCUGGAAUUCCUUCUCUUCCUCAAUAAACAUUUCCUGACAUCCCUGCA